GGUGAACGUGCGGCACCGGGAUCACCAUGGCCACUACCGCAACGAUGGACCAAAUCCGCGUACACCUAUCUAUUAGAUCCCAAGAUAUUUUUCAUCACCAGUAAUGCCGAGAACUGUACUCUUGUGGGCGAAAGUCUUAACAGACUGUCCGACGAGUUUAACUCACUGUUCAAAGCUGUGGAGGAAUACCAAGAAUCGCACCAUCGGUCCGGCGAUCACCGGCGGAACAGCUCUCUGCUAUCGCUCCAGAGUAUUCAUCUGCAGAUAGACUCCAUCGCCGACUGUAACCAAAUAUAUCCUCAACACAACGACAACGAGUACUACGAGAUAUCCAUACCGUUUGAGUCGUCGACUGUGGGUCGCGUCCGGGCGGACACCAUAUGGGGUGCCAUCAAAGCACUCGAGACACUAAGUCAACUGAUUUGGGUGACCGCCGAUCGGGAACUGGUGGUGAACGCCACCCGUAUUGUCGAUUGGCCUCGAUUUACAUACCGGGGCGUAAUGCUGGACAGUAGCCGACAUUUUUUGCCUAAGAAUGUGCUGUUGGCCAAUCUGGACGCCAUGGCCUACAAUAAGUUUAAUGUGUUUCACUGGCAUAUCGUCGACGACCAGUCCUUUCCCUAUGAGAGCAAAAUAUUCCCGGAGUUGACCCAAAAGGGCGCUUAUAGUGCCCGACAUGUCUACACCCAGAAAGACAUCGCUGAGAUUAUUGAAUAUGCUAGAUAUCGGGGCAUUAGGGUUAUACCCGAGUUUGACACCCCUGGGCAUACCCAGGGGUUCGGGAAGGCAUUCCCGGCACUAUUGACCACGUGCUACGGGGACGGCGACAACCAGCCAUUUACCAGCAAAUUCAACAAGCACGCCGAGGCCGAGAUACUGAACCCGAUGCAAAACUAUACGUAUGAUUUUAUGAAGAUAUUUUUCGAGGAGGUGCGACAGGUGUUCCGCGACCGAUACGUCCACUUAGGCAUGGAUGAGGUCUACUACGACUGCUGGCGCUCUAACCCACAUGUCUGGCAGUUUAUGAUCAAUAAUACGUUUACCGAUGUCUCGCAAGUGGAGCAGUACUACACCGAGAGGUUGAUCGACACAAUCAAACACAUUGGUUUCAAACAUAUCGUAUGGCAGGACCCCAUCGACAAUGGUGUCCAG